AUGGCGCCUGAUACGACGAUAUUCCAAUUUCUGACUUAUCCAAACCCGACAGUAGAUCAGGGCGGUCAUGAAACAGAAGGGAAAAACAAGCGCCUAGCCAAUACGAUUAACCGGAAUUACGUGAAUCCUGUGAGAGUGGUGGAGUGGACAGAAAUGAAAGACUUGCGGGUAUUUCGAGAGGUAUUCGGAGGCAAACUCUUCGAAGAAGCUCAUCGGGAAGGCAGAGAGCUUCAACGUCCAAGAGUUCGGCCUCAAGACUGCAUUGUUAUCAGCAGAAAGCAGACAAACGAGUUACUCAAUAAGUGGAACAAAGAGAUUAUCAUGGAAGCCCUCGAUCCUAUUCUGGAAACAUAUCGUCCCCUUAUCUGGGCUCAAGGGGAGGGUUUGGACGGUGUAACUUUGAGAGCACCUCAAUCACACCCGCGAAAGACGCAGGUACAGUCUGCACAAGCUUCUGGUCCCAAAACGAGGAAGUAUAAACGCAUAUCACUAGACAGAUUAAACCCAGAUUCAGGCUCUAUCGCAAGCUACCCAGAUUCUCCGAGUGAGAAAGGACAAGAAAAGUUUCUAAAGGUAUACAAGCUAGCCACUAAGUGGAAGAGCCAUUGGAUGAAAGAAAGAGGAGUGAUCGAUGAGUCUGGGUCAUGGCUAGGCCUAAAUAAUUCCACAUCGUGGCCGAUCAAGCAGGCAUUUACCUAUUGUGUUAAAUUCUUGUGUCGUUACGGUUGCAUUAUUACCUGCGAAGAAGCCUUUCUCUUCCGGGUACGCCCUCUAGAUGAAAACCCUGGUUCUGAAGAUCCCGAGCUCUUGCGGGAGAGGCUAGCGGAAAACGGAUUACUGGAAUAUGUUUCUGUCCCUUGGGGUAAUCACUGUCAAAGCGACCCGAAGGGUUACAACGAAUGGACUAUGAACCUUGCUCUAUGGUUUUUACACGUCGUAGCCGGUAAUAGCUCUGACGUCCAGUGGAAAUACCAAGACCUCAAAGAAGAGACCGCGCUUCCCUCAAAACACUUGCGGCUGCAGGAUCAAGCUCUUCCCCCUGUCGAAGAGGUACCGAGCGAUAACUCCGAAAACCAUGCUGAAAAUAGUAGCCCGCUAUCGAGCGAUCGAUCUAUUUCCCCUGUCAGAGAGGUAUCAAGCAAAGCCCCCGAAAAUGAGAGUCAAAAUAAGAGUCAGUCAUCCAACGGCAAAGUUUCAUCUGAUGACAUAGCUCCCUCUGAUCCUGAGCAAUCAUUGGAUGAGAAAACCCAAUCUGAUGGCACAGCAUCUCCCGAUAUCGGUGCACCCACGAAGCGUAAAAGAAGAAGAGAAGACCCUAAAGAUCAAAUAAGUACAGAGGCAGAUGAUGAUGAAAUUUUAACAAGAUGCAUCCCUAAACGAAAGAAGAGGAGCAAUCUAAUGGCGAAACCCACCACACCACCAAGGGCUGACCAGUGA